UCCGUGGGCGUGUCACCACCAUGUUGACCAAGUUUGAGACCAAAUCCCCCCGGGUGAAGGGCUUGGCCUUCCAUCCUAAGCGGCCUUGGAUUCUGGCGAGUUUGCACAAUGGAGUGAUUCAGCUAUGGGAUUACCGUAUGUGCACGCUCUUGGAAAAGUUCGAUGAGCACGAAGGUCCGGUGCGCGGGAUCGGCUUCCACGCCCAACAACCUCUGUUCGUCUCUGGCGGCGAUGACUACAAAAUCAAGGUCUGGAACUACAAACUCAAACGCUGUCUGUUCCAUCUAUUGGGCCAUUUGGACUACAUCCGCACCACGGUGUUCCACCACGAAUAUCCCUGGAUCCUCUCGGCCUCCGACGAUCAAACCAUUCGAAUCUGGAAUUGGCAAUCCCGAGCCUGUAUCUCGGUCUUGACCGGGCACAAUCAUUACGUGAUGUGCGCCCUGUUCCAUCCUUCCGAUGAUUUGGUGUGCUCGGCUUCCUUGGACCAGACUGUCCGCGUGUGGGAUAUCUCGGGCUUGCGGAAGAAGAACGUGGCUCCCGGUCGCGGGGGUCUGGACGAUCACAUGCGCAACCCGAACUCGACGGAUCUGUUCGGUCAAGCGGACUGCGUGGUCAAGCACGUGCUCGAGGGUCACGACCGAGGGGUCAAUUGGGCCUCGUUUCACCCGAGCAUGCCGUUGAUCGUGUCGGGCGCAGAUGAUCGUCAAAUCAAGCUCUGGCGGAUGAAUGAUUCGAAGGCUUGGGAAGUGGACACGUGUCGUGGCCACUACAACAACGUGUCGAGCGUCAUUUUCCACCCGCGCCAAGACCUGAUCAUCUCCAACUCCGAGGAAAAGUCGAUCCGCGUGUGGGACACGGCCAAGCGCACGUGUCUCCACACUUUCCGUCGGGAGCACGAUCGCUUCUGGAUUGUGGCGGCUCAUCCCAGCCUGAACUUGUUCGCGGCCGGUCACGACUCCGGCAUGGUGGUGUUCAAAUUGGAAAGAGAGCGACCCGCCUACGCUUUACACGGCAAUCUUCUGUACUACGUCAAGGAGCGAUAUCUGCGCAAAUUGGACUUCACCACCCAAAAGGAUCGGGCCGUGUUGCAAUUACGAGGCGGCGGCUCCCUCAAGCCGGUCUACAGCAUGAGCUACAAUCCCGCCGAGAACGCGGUGCUCGUGGUGAACCGAUCCUCCAGUCUGGAGAAUAGUGUCUACGAUCUGUACUCGAUCCCCAAAGAGUCGGACGGACAGAAUCCGGACGCGCCCGAGGGCAAGCGGUCCUCUGGAAUCACGGCCAUUUGGGUGGCCCGAAAUCGAUUCGCCGUGUUGGACCGAUCCCAUUCGUUGAUCAUCAAGAACCUGAAGAAUGAGGUGACGAAGAAGGUGCAAACGCCCAAUUGCGAUGAGAUCUUCUAUGCCGGCACCGGGAUGCUCUUGUUGCGGGAUAACGAUAGUGUCACUCUUUUUGAUGUGCAGCAAAAAAGGAACCUGGGCAAUGUCAAGAUUCCCAAAUGCCGGUAUGUGAUCUGGUCGCCGGAUAUGACCACCGUGGCCCUCUUGUCCAAGCAUAACAUCACCAUCUGCAAUCGGAAACUCCAGAGCUUGUGCAGCAUCUUCGAGAACACUCGCGUCAAGUCUGGAACGUGGGAUGACUCUGGCGUGUUCAUCUACACCACCUCCAAUCACAUCAAGUACGCCAUCACUAACGGCGAUCAUGGCAUCAUCCGAACGCUCAAUCUCCCGGUCUACCUGACCCGAAUCAAGGGCGACAAGGUGUUCCUCCUCGAUCGGGAAUGCAAGCCUUGCACCAUGACCAUCGACACCACGGAGUAUCGCUUCAAGUUGGCCUUGAUUCAUCAGAAAUACGACGAAGUGCUCCACAUGGUCCGAAACGCCAAACUCGUGGGCCAAAGUAUCAUCGGCUACCUGCAGAAGAAGGGCUAUCCCGAAGUGGCUCUCCACUUUGUCAAGGACGAGAAGACCCGAUUCGCCCUGGCUUUGGAGUGCAUGGAUAUCGAUGUGGCCUUGGAGGCCGCCAAAGCUCUGGACGACAAGGAUUGCUGGGACAAAUUGGGCGAAGCGGCUCUCAUGUUGGGCAACCAUCAAGUGGUCGAGAUGUGCUACCAACGCACCAAGAACUUUGACAAGCUCUCAUUCCUGUACUUGAUCACCGGCAAUCUGGAGAAACUCCGCAAGAUGAUGAAGAUUGCCGAGAUCCGGAAAGACAGUUCCGGUCACUUCCAGAACGCCCUCUACUUGGGCGAUGCCGCCGAGCGGAUCAAGAUCCUCAAGACUUGCGGCCAAGACUCCUUGGCCUAUCUGACAGCCAAAACCCAUGGCCUAGAGGAAGCGGCCCAAGAGAUCAAAGCCGCCCACGAUCCGGAGAUCCCUCUGCCCGAAGCGGAUCUCAACGCCCGGCCCAUUCAACCUCCGCCACCCAAAAGUCACAUGGAGGAAAACUGGCCUUUGCUGACCGUCUCCAAAGGCUUCUUCGAGGGCAUGCGAGCGGUUCGGGGCGGAGCCGCACCUGGCGGCAAGGGCGGAGUAAUAGGUGGAGCCCUGGCCAUGGAGGACACGGACAUGGAGGAUGUGGGUGCCGGAGCCGGUUGGGGCGAUGAUGACUUGGGGCUAGAGGGUGAUGACGACCCCCUGGGCGGAGAGGACGAAUUCAAGAGUGCUGAUGGCGAGGAUGCGGCCGAAGAGGCCGGUGGAGGCUGGGAUGUGGAUGACGAGGACUUGGACUUGCCCACCGAUCUCGAGCCGUCUGCGGCCAACAUCAAUGCCUCGGGAGGGGAUGAUGACCAUGCAGGUUAUUUUGCUCCUCCUACCAAGGGCAAUAGUCCAGCUCAAAAUUGGGCCAAUAACUCCUCACUGCCGGUGGAUCAUAUUGUGGCGGGAUCGUUCGAAUCCGCUUGCCGACUUCUCCACGAUCAAGUGGGCGUGGUCAACUUCGAGCCCUACAAAUCGCUGUUCCUGACCAACUUUGCUCGUAGCCGUACCACCUUCUUGGCUUUGCCGGGAUUGCCCGCUCUUAACGGAUAUCCGCAGAGCAAUUGGAAAGAAGCCGGUCCCAAGAAUGGCUUGCCCGCCGUGGGAUUACGACUCAAUGAUCUGGUUCAACGACUACAAUCCUGCUAUCAGUUGACCACAUCCGGCAAAUUCAACGAUGCCAUUCCCAAAUUCCGUAGCAUCCUACUGAGUAUCCCUUUGCUGGUGGUGGAAAGCAAGCAAGAUGAAACCGAAGCCGUUCAGUUGAGGGAGAUUGCCAUGAACUAUCUGGUGGGAUUGAUCAUGGAGACCCGACGAAAAGAGUUGCCCAAAACGUCUUUGCCCGAGCAGAUCCGAGUCUGCGAAAUGGCCGCCUAUUUCUCCCAUUGCCACUUGCAGCCCGUGCAUCAGAUUCUCACCCUGAGAACGGCGUGCAAUCUGUUCUUCAAGUUGAAGAACUUCAAAACGGCGGGUUCAUUUGCUCGACGAUUACUCGAGUUGGGACCUAAGCCGGAAGUGGGCCAGCAAACGCGGAAAAUUCUCCAGGCGUGUGAUAAGAAUCCGACGGACGAACACAAGUUGGACUAUGACGAGUUCAAUCCGUUCGACAUUGAUGCGGCCGAAUUUAAGCCCAUCUACCGAGGAGCCGAGAAAUUGGAAUGCCCGUUUUGCGGGGCCAAAUACAGCCCCCAAUCCAACAACACCACGUGUAAAAUCUGUUUGGUCGGUUUGGUGGGCAAAUCCACCCAAGGACUCAAGAUUCGUCGAAAGAUUCACUAAGAACCCACCCGACCUAUGUAUCCCCUUUUACCUGCGUAUUUUUUUUUUUUUUUAUGUAUCGAGUUAUAAUUUAUUUCACGCGUUGGCCAAUAUAUUUACAGUUUGGAUGCCAUGACAACUGGCCGAUUCGUUUGAUAUCAAA